AUGUUUACCUUUGCAGAUCUGCUGGAGAAGUCAAGAGUCAUCAAGCAAGCACCCGGAGAGCGAUCGUAUCACAUUUUCUACCAGAUUUUCACGCAAAAGAAACUACGAGAUGUCUUACAAUUGGGAGACGAUAUUCGCCAAUACAAGUUCGUCUCCCAAGCAGAGAUUACUGUCCCCGGAAUGGACGAUAAGGAGGAGUUCCGCAUCACUGAUAAUGCCUUCGAUGUUAUGCAUUUCACCGAUCGUGAAAAGCAUGAUUUAUACAAGACAUGUGCUGCCAUAAUGCACAUGUCUCGUUUUGCCUUCAGGCAAAAACCUCGAGAAGAACAAGCGGAAGUGGACAGCAUGGAUAGUCCAAUGAAAACAGCAAAGUUGUUUGGAAUUGAUCCCGAUCAGUUUAUUGGCGCUCUGGUGAAGCCAAGAAUAAAGGUUGGAACUGAGUGGGUUGACUGGGCAGUUGGUGCUUUGGCGAAAGCUAUCUACGCUCGUAUGUUUACUUGGAUCAUCAAGCGAGUAAAUCAAACGCUUUCUGCAAAUCUCGAAGGCUCAGCGAAUUACAUUGGGGUCUUAGAUAUUGCUGGGUUUGAGAUAUUUGACAACAAUUCUUUCGAGCAACUCUGGAUCAAUUUCGUGAAUGAGAAACUGCAGCAAUUCUUUAAUCAUCAUAUGUUUGUGCUAGAACAAGAAGAGUAUGAACGUGAAGGAAUUCAAUGGGAAUUUAUCGACUUCGGAUUAGAUCUGCAAGCAUGUAUCGACUUGAUCGAAAAGCCUCUAGGAAUCAUCUCAAUGUUAGAUGAGGAGUGUUUAGUGCCGAAAGCUAGCGACACGACAUAUGUAGAGAAGCUCAUGAACCAGCAUUCGGGAAAACAUCCGAAUUUCCAGAAGGCAAAGCCACCUCGUGGAAAUCAAGGAAUAGCACACUUUGCUAUCGCGCACUAUGCUGGUGAUGUACGAUACAAUGCGGAUCAGUGGCUGGAGAAGAAUAAAGAUCCCUUGAAUACUUCGGCUGUGGCUGUACUCAAAACCAGCGACAAGCAAGGAUUGAUUUACCAGAUUUGGGAAGACUAUAUCACAGAUGUCGACAGAGAGGAGAUGAGUGCGAGAGGCAAGACCCAGGAUCGCAAGAAGGGGAAGUCGGCUUCAUUUCUCACUGUUUCCACAAUGUAUCGAGAAUCGCUUACUAGUCUGAUGAGUAUGCUGCAUACAACACAUCCGCACUUUAUCAGGCAGCAUGCCGUAGUGAGAGCUUAUCGAAUUACUAUAUUGGUUUUGUCUAUCAUUUCUACAGUUACACAGUUGUGCUCUUGUAUCUACGGUGCUGGCCAAAAAUGGGAAUCCACUUUUGGAAAAUCGCAACCCACCCUUGUGUCAAUUAGGUGA